AACUACAAAGUGCAACGGUGGUGCGCAGGCGCAGUGUGUUUUUGAUGGGGUCGAAAAAGCGCAUCCUGAGUGAUUCCCGGACCCCUGCAGCAGUUGUCGACGGAAACGUGAGGAGAUAGACGCUGUCCCGGUGUGAAGAUUUGAAAAUGGCAGAACGGGUGAAUAACUUUCCUCCCAUCCCUAAGUUCAUGAGAAUAAAGCCAUGCUUCUACCAUAACAUCGAGGAGGAAAUUCCCGCGCCCCACCAGCAGCUGGUGCGCAGAGUUUACACACUUUGGAUGAUGUAUUCAGGCACGCUGUGCUUAAAUGUGAUCUCCUGUAUUGCUUGGUGGGCUGGAGGUGGAAAUGCCACCAACUUUGGCUUCUCUCUUCUCUGGCUCAUCCUCUUCAGCCCAUGCAGUUACACCUGCUGGUACAGACCACUCUACAAAGCCUUCAGGGCUGAUAGCUCGUUCAACUUCAUGGCCUUCUUCUUCAUCUUCUUCCUUCAGUGUGUCUUGGCUCUCAUCCAGACUUUAGGCAUCUCUGGCUGGGGAACAUGCGGCUGGAUUGCGACAGUGAUGUUUUUCAGCCAAAAUGUGGGCUCUGCCAUAGUGAUGCUUGUCACAACUCUGCUCUUCACUGCGGUGACUGCUUUAAUGGCACUGGUCCUCAUUAAGGUGCACAGACUGUACCGCGGUGGCGGCGGCAGUAUGCAGCGCGCUCAGGAGGAGUGGAGCACCGGUAUGUGGAAGAGUGCACCAGUGAGGGAAGCAGGCUUUAACGCUGUUGCGCAGACGGCACAGGGCCCGAGCUUGCCUCAGUACCCUGCCGCAGUGCCGAGCUAUCCCGACAACAGUCACUGGUGAUAGCCGAGAGUCGCCCCUAGAUGGAGACAGAUAACUUGCCAUUUCUGUGGUGCCUAUAAAAAGCACUUCAAAGCGCCAUAACAUUUCAACCUUACACGACAAAAUGUAUUUUUUUUCCGAACGAGAGGACACUCAAACUAUAAAGCUCAAAAUAUAUCAUUCAGUUUCAACUUUGUUUACAGAAUAGUUUAUUAAAAUGAAUGGGAAGGAAAUACAAUUUUAUGCUCAAAAGAAAGAGAGAGGAGAAAUGAACAGUCUUGCAAAUAUGCAAUUGGAAACUCAAAAACUGCUGCAGUAUGUGAAGGAUGUGUGCCUUACGGACCUUUUAUUGAUAGCAUUGUUUUAUGUAUUGCCAGACUCUGCAUGCUAGAAAUUGUAGUAUGCUCAAGAGCAGGGUUUUUUUUUUCUUUCUUUUGCAACAAGAGAAUGUCUUAAAGCUGCACGUUUUUUAUCGGUGUGUUACGUGUAUUCUGGCAGGAGUUCAGUUUAUUUUUGAUAUUUCAGCUUUAUAUCUCCAUGCUUGCCUGCUUUGGCUGUGAUUUCUUGAAAUGCGCCUUUAAUAUUGCGUGCAGAUUUUUUGCAUGCGAAAAACAUCGCUUGACUUUUCGCCUUACUGCUAAUUCUUCUGUGAAACUGGACUUCUGCUUCAGUGAAGCAACAUGUGGAAACAUUUAAAAAAAAAAAAAAAAAAAAAAGGUUGUUGGUGCGUAAUCCUUCUUUGUGAUUUCUCACUGAGCACUGAUGUGCCAAAACGUUUGUUUUGAUAGUGGAAAAAAAAAAAAAAGCCACACCCAAAGUCGACGUUGUUUUGUAAUCUCAGUAUUUCUCAAUUUCUUUCAUUCCAUAUCUACUGUUUGCUUUUAGUGGUCAGCGCCCUGCUGUGAAAGCACCUUAUCAGCUGUUGUUAAUGUUCCAGUCACUUUCACUUUCCCCCCCCAGAUAAACUGAAUCUUAGUGUUUAGUGAUUACAGUGUGCUUAGAUGGAGCCUAAUGGGUGUGGGACUCAACAGAAGUUUCUUAUUUCAAAUGAACUGACCUCAUAUAACCAAUACAAACUGACUAAGACAACAAAUGGGGAAAGAAAGAGUGAAAUAUUGCAUGUGAAUGUAGUCACAGUCUCUUUAAAAUGCAAUCUGAUAUGCUGUAAUUCGAACAAACCUCGUUAAAGAAUCUGAUUUAACUCGAUGUGGCUUUUACCUAACAGUUCCUCUACUUUUAUUUUGGCUCAGUGAUCCAGUCAAAGCCCGUAUGAAGUGCGAGCAGCGAUUGGAAGUGAAAGGUGCCUGCCUCAUGAUUUGAAUAUUUAUUCUUUUAUUUCUUGUUACAAAAGUGUCCUUCAAGGCCAACUGCCAAAAUUAGUAUUUUGAUUUUUCUCUGUUAUUUGAUAAGUGACAACAUUUCAAUAAAUAUUCUUAUUCCCAC